CUCGCCCUUCUCGUGGGAUACAGUGACAGACUACAAAGCAGCUCUGAGUCUCUGACCCCGGUCCGUCGUCUCUCGGCUUCAUUGUUCCUUCCGGAUUACGAAAAACACAACCUCUCUUAGGGCUAUUAUCUUUUUCAUAUACUCUCAAAAUCAUCUCAGAAUCUCCAUUUGAUCCAUAAUAGGAAUGACUCUUCACUGAAUCCAAACUACGAGAAAGUCCAAUUCAACAAUCGUGCUAUCUGGUUGAUAUCUCUGACUCUCUCUCCGUCUCUCUUGAUGGACGAGUCUUACAAUUCUAAUCUCCCUACCAGCCAUCUACUCGGUUCAGUACCUGCUGUUGUCAAUCAAGAAAAGAAUACCCCAAACUAUGAAGCCCCAGAAGCAAAUAUGCAAACAUUCCCACCAAAUAAUGGAGGUGGCAGCAGGCAGGGUUAUCAAACUCUUGGAAGUCCAAGCGAAGUUUUUGAACAACAACCACCAAACAACUGGAAAGGAGUGUUUAGUGUCUCAUCAUACACACAAUAUUUCAAUGUGGAUACUGACAUUGUGAUAAACAGAUUGAUGAGUUCUUUGAAUCCCCUCACUGGAGAUUUUUUCAGCAAGAUUGAUGCAAACCCUGAUCUGUAUGGACUAGUCUGGAUCUCCACUACAUUGGUAUUCGUGCUUGCUUCUCUUGGAAACUGUGCCACUUACCUAAUGCAAAAACGCACUGAUAGCAGCACAUCUUGGAACUUUGAUGUCAGCUAUGUAAAUGUGGCGGCAUUUUCAAUCUAUGGUUAUGCAAUGGUGGUGCCAUUGGCUUUUUACUUCUUGCUUCAGUAUCUUGGAUCAAAUGCUAGCCUUGUACGAUUUUGGUGCAUGUGGGGAUAUUCUCUGUUCAUUUUCAUCUUGAGCUCCUUUCUCUUGGUUAUCCCUUUCGAGUUUCUCCGGUGGAUCAUUAUACUCGUUGCUGGCACUGCCUCAGCAUGUUUUGUUACAUUAAACCUGAGGUCUUAUAUGGAGAGUAAUGACCUAACAGUGGUGGUCAUUGCCUCGUUCUUCUUGCAACUAGCAUUGGCAAUUUUCAUUAAGGCUUGGUUCUUUCCAUGAGCGUCAUCCAGCAUGUUGCAUCUUGAAAUUCAAGUAUUGUGUUGGUGGGAUUGUCUGGGUUGCUUACAUUUACUUGGAUAAUGGUGGUUUAGCAAAGAAUUAGGUUAUGGAAUGAAAGCAGACUUUUAUUAGUUCAACACGAAGUAGAAUUUCGGAUGAUACUUGUAAUCGGGGGGCUUAGGUUCAGAUUGCAUUGCUCUCACUGGCAAUGGAGUAAGCAUAACGGUGAAUACUGCUGGUUGUUUUUCCCUUUUAUUGCACUAUUUUCUUUCUUGAACUCGGUUGUGUAAAGAGGUCUUGUAGUGGCUUAAUUGUCGAAGAGAUUAUGAAUUGAAAGUUGAUUAAUGGCUUGAUUGUCA